CCGAUUGCGGAGGGCAGCGGCAAGAUGUCGACGGCGGCGGUUCCUGAGCUGAAGCAGAUCAGCCGGGUGGAGGCGAUGCGCCUGGGGCCGGGCUGGAGCCACUCGUGCCACGCCAUGCUCUACGCGGCCAACCCCGGGCAGCUCUUCGGCCGCAUCCCCAUGCGCUUCUCCGUGCUGAUGCAGAUGCGCUUCGACGGGCUGCUGGGCUUCCCCGGGGGCUUCGUGGACCGGCGCUUCUGGUCGCUGGAGGACGGACUGAACCGGGUGCUGGGCCUGGGCCUGGGCUGCCUGCGCCUCACCGAGGCCGACUACCUGAGCUCGCACCUGACCGAGGGCCCGCACCGCGUCGUGGCGCACCUGUACGCGCGGCAGCUGACGCUGGAGCAGCUGCACGCCGUGGAGAUCAGCGCGGUGCACUCGCGCGACCACGGCCUGGAGGUGCUGGGGCUCGUGAGGGUCCCGCUGUACACCCAGAAGGACCGAGUUGGAGGCUUCCCCAACUUCCUCAGCAACGCCUUCAUCAGCACCGCCAAGUACCAGCUCCUCUUUGCCCUCAAGGUGCUCAACAUGAUGCCCGAGGAGAAGCUGGCGGAGGCCUUGGCUGCCGCCACAGAGAAGCAGAAGAAGGCCCUGGAGAAGCUGCUCCCAGCUUCCUCCUGAGGGUGCUCCUGGGCAGCACUGUUUGCUGCCCACCCCCUGGCCCCUUGUGCCCAUGGGCUGAGGCCCAACCCUGGCACCCCCGUGGAAGUGUCUCCUUGCGUGUCUGCACCCCCCGGACCACCUGGGGUUGUCGGCAGUGGCUGGGCC